AUGUCAUUGCUCAUUAAUGGGUCACCCUCUAAGCCCUUCAAGAUGGAAAGGGGCCUGCGACAAGGAGACCAUUUAUAUCCCUUUCUGUUCGUGCUCGUCGUUGAUGUGCUCCAUAAGAUGAUUGGGGAGGCGGUGAGGAAUGGGUGCAUAUUACCGCUGUUGGUUGGACGGGAUAACAUUGAGUUAUCACACUUACAGUUUGCGGAUGACACUAUCCUGUUCUGCCCGCCAGAAGAAGAGACCAUUCAGAAUUACAAGCGCCUACUGCGUUCUUUUGAGCUGAUGUCUGGGUUGUCUAUUAAUUAUGAGAAGUCCAAUUUCAUUCCGGUUAAUUGUGAACAGAGGUGGGCGCGUAAGAUGUGUCUGUUGCUGGGUUGUAAGGAGGCCUCUCUCCUUGUCCGGUACCUUGGCAUCUCUUUGGGAGCAAACCCGAGGCUAGUUAAGACGUGGAAACCAGUGAUUGAUAAGGUGGAAGAAAAGCUGAGUUUGUGGAAAGCAGAGACCCUCAAUAAAGCGGGUAAGCUGGUACUCAUUAAAUCGGUUUUCAAUAGCUUGCCUAUAUAUUAUCUUAGUUUGUACAAGAUACCAAAGGCAGUAGCAGAGGAGUUGAUUUCCUUACAAAGACGGUUCUUGUGGAGUAAGGAUGAUGGGAGAAUUGGGAUACCACUAGUGAAAUGGGAGGUAGUGAUGGCCCCUAAAAAGGAGGGUGGUUUGGGAAUGGGAGAUGCAGUGGUGAUGCAGAAAGCAGUCCUUCCAGAGGCAGUAACAAGCUAUAGCUUCACUAGCGCUAUUUGGAAGGGCUUUGCCCCACCAAGGGUUGAAUUGUUCUCAUGGUGUGGUGUGUGUGGCUGUAUGCGCUUGGAAGAGAAUGGUCCGUACCAGUUCGUCGUAUACUUUGUUUAUGGAAAAGGCAGGAUGAUGUCUACUAUAGAAGCGACGAGAUACCUUGGACAGACUCUCUAUACAAGAACAUUUAGCACCCACUAUGAGGCUGGUCUUAUGCAGAGCCUUGAUCAUGGCCGACGAACAACCUCUUUCUCCGCAAAACAUAGGGACGAGUUGUUGGCUAUGGUUGCGACGCUACAAGUCGAAAACCAGAAGAUGGCUAAACAGCUAGCCUAA